CUUUCAGUCAAGUUGCAACUGCGCGAGGAAUUAUACAUAUAUUAAUAUUGUGAUUGUUGCAAUAUGUUGUAUUUUAUUGCUAGCAAAGUGCUUUCUACUUAAAUUUCAAUCUUGUUUGUCAUUAAAUUGUAAAUCCACGUAAUGCCGAAACGUAAAAUUUCCUUUGUGGAAUUUAAAUCUUCACAAAACAUCAUGUAAUUUGUUUCAGAAAAACUUUUUCAUCAAGGUAUUUAACCAUUAGAAUAAAAAAACUGCAGAGCUUUGUAUCCGGGAAGUGACCCCGAAGACCUGACCACACAUCCGAAUAUAUUAAAAUCUAUUUUCCACAGUAAAUACAAGAACACAUCGAAUAUAUUUUUGUGCACAUUUCUUUUAUAUUUUAACAUUGAUAUUAACAUUGACGAAAUGGACCGAAUCUACGUUGAUGAAGAAACUGGUGAGAGUAUUAGUCUUCCAGCUUCCGAUUGUGAGAUUCGACAACUAGUUAGCUCGAUAAAUAAUGCUGAAACGGGAGAACCGGAAAUCAACGUGGUUGGUAUUGAAACUAUUAAGAGAAGAAUACGUUUUCAGAUUCCGAAAGAAGUGAAGGAAACAUUAUUGGCUAAGGACGGUUCUUUAAGAAAAAGUGAGAAUUUAAUGGAAUUAGAACCUGUUCCUGUUGGAGCAUCAUUUGGUCAAGUCAAUCCAGUUUGUUUGUUUUUUCUUGCUGUUCUAUGUUUCCGCUGGUUCUUGCCUGUAUUAAUGUUGCUUGAAUUGUCAUUGCACAUUUGGGCACAUCAUAAGAAUAAAAUGUUAAAGGAUGCCAAUGUUUAUUUUCGUUCUCCGUUUCACGGAAUAUCAUCCGAAUUUUGCGCUCUAUGUCAAAAUGAAAUGUGUAUGAAUCGUGUUGGUAAAAUGCAACAAAUACGAAUGCACAAAUUUUUACGACAAUGCAAUUAUAUGAAAAGAGUGGUAACGUGAAUUAUUUAUGAUUAUUAAAAAAAUCAUUAUACAAUAUUGAUUAAAAUUUUUCAAUUGAAAUAUUAAAAAAAAUUAUUAAAUGGAAAUACUAAAGAAAGUUAAAUUGAAAUGAAAAAAACGAA